UUACAUGUUUCUUGUGUGUAUAGACUGGAACAUGGCUAUUUUCUGCAGUCUUUUUCGAUGUGAAUAAAAUAAAAUCAGGAUUGGCAGUGUUAUCUUGGAACAGUCAUAUCACAACAGCAUUAUGGGUAGAUCAAGAAGGGCCAGCUCAGUUGAAGAAGUGGAAAUGGUAGAGCCGUCCGUAACAGCUCCGUUGCGCCGAUCCAGAUAUGGACUCUCUCAUGAAAGCAUUGGAAGAUUUUCUGAACAUUCUUUACAUCGUCCAUACCGAAUACAAGAUUACAGGUCUUGUGGAGCCAGGUGUGAUGACUGUCUCACACGAAUCCCCUACGCUACUCUCAUCGCCACCAUCAUGUGUGUGUCUGGGGUCGGCAUAUUCUGCGGGACCAUGCAUAGAGGAGUCACACUCACUACACUUAUGCUGGAUGAAGUUUUCCAUAUGAGACUUGGAUGGCUGGAACCAGUUGAGAUGCUGUUUGUGAUCCUGGGUGGUUGUAUGGCAGCACUGGGUCUCAUGAUACUGUUUGUGGGGUUCCUGGCUACUGGUGCCACUCGUCACAAAGUGUACAGGGCUUGGACUGCUCGAGUCAGUGGCAGGAUCUCCUGUGCUGUGUUUCUUGGCAUAACCUACAUCCUCCAGUUGGUUUGGCUGCUCAUUUUUUGCUUCCUUCUCAUAGUCACUGUGACCUUCACCAUGUUCUGGGCCCUCUGCUCCUCCCAUAGGGUGCAGGAGGAGCAUCAGUGCAUAGACUUCACACAGUUUGAUUUUAUAUUUCCACACAACACACGAGUGGAAGAUAUGAAAGUUUGUGAAGCUCAUGAAAUUAAACUCUUUUGCAAAGACUACGUAGAAAAAGCAGAAGUGAUGUUUAUAUUUUCUACAAUUGCUGGUUUCAUAGUUAUUUUGAGUCUGAUACAUUACAUGAUGAGUCUGGCAGCCAACUACGCACAUAUACGAGACCACGAGAAACUGCAGGAGCUACAAGAGUUGCAAUACCUGUCUGAUCCGGAUGGUUUCACUUCCUCAAAAGAUCGCUUCUAGGACAGGGCACAAGAAAUCUUCAAAGGAGAAACACUUAGAGCUUCACGACAGUCUGUAAUCUAGUUAGUUCCUCUACCUUCAGCAAGUUAAAACAUUUCACAAAAUCCAUUGCAUCGUUUUGAAAAAGUAGCGUUUCAACUUUUAGAAAAUUUAGUUUUUUUUUUGUUUCGUGUUUAUAACAGUAUAAAGUUAACUUAUUGUUCAUUGUUAAUGUUUUAUUCUUAUGUUUUCUAUACUUUUAUCUUUGAUCCCGUAGACAACAAUUUCAAAACCCUAAUUCGUAUCUUUCUAUUAAUUCUCAUAUUUAAUAAUUUUCUGUUCCAAUUCAGAUACUAAAACUAUUAACAAGUUUUGAAAUAUCCUUUUUGCGUAUUUAUUAAGCAUUUCAUAAAUUUUAUAUGUUUAUUCUUUACUAAUAUUUUAAAAUAAGAAUAUUGUAUACUUUAGACCUUUAUUCUUUUUAAUUUAUGCUAAUGUGCUUGUUUCAGCUUGAAUUUAAUUAGCACUAUAGUUGUUUUAACACUACAUUUAAUUAUUAGUGAAUUCAAUUCAGUAAUAACUAAACCAAAUUUUAUAAUACAUCAUUAGUCAAAUUAAGUAUUUAUAACAUGUUUUAUUUAUUUAUCGCAUGCUACUUUUCUUUGUUUAACUUGCUGAGCUCAAACUACCUACAAAGUAUGUAAUGCUACUAAUUAUCCACUUGUAGUACAUACCAGUAAUGUGAAUCCAGUCUUCUUUGAUUAUUUUGUGAAAGUACAAUAUGUUCCUGUUCUUGCAAUUUACAUUCCAUUGUUGUACCUAUUAUAAUUGAUAGAAUAACUUGGUAUAUUUUACUUUAAAUCUGUAUAAAUUGUAACCAUACAACGAAGCAAUAAGUGUUCUUGAUGAAGGUUUCUUGUGCUUUAAAUGAGUUCCCAGUAGUGUCACUAUUGAUAAAUUAUAGUCUAUAAUGUUCUGGUCUGGGUAUCAGUACAUCGGGUAACAUUUUAGUGAUAAGAACCAAACACUUCAAUUUAAGAGUCCAUGACAUUUUUGUAAGGAACUGUUAGUAGAAAUAAUGUUUGAAACAAUUAGCUUCAUCAUCCACUGAAUAGACUAAAAUAACUGUUAAAGGUGUAAAACACACUGAUUGUAUAUCACGAUAAUGGUAUUAUAAAUAUUAGUAUACAGUUUUUUUUUACUAUUAUUGUUUAAUAACAAUAAUAAUGUACAACAAAUCAAUGUCAUGUAGAGAAUUUAUCAGCUACAAGUUAGUGACUACAAACUGUAGCUCUAAGCAUGAAAUACUACUUUCGAUUGAACACAAGCCUAAACUAGUUUUAAGGCAAUUGUGUUGGUUUUUAAUGUUGUUAACUAAAAAUAUAUUGUCUUGUUAGAUACAUGUCCGUCCUAAAUGCUGUUGUAAUAUUGUAUUUGUUUUUUAGAUAUCUGAAGCAAUGUUUGUUACACAGGAGACGUAUGAUAAAAUAUUUGAAUGUUACGUAAUGUCAAUUUAUAUUUUAUUUUCAGUUAGUUCAUCUAUAUAGUAAAUACCAUUGUUAAGAGCAUUAUUAGCUCUUAGUCAAGUGUUGUUAUAGUGGUAAUGGCAAUAUUUAAAAAUGUUAUUGUUUGUUGGUAUCAAUUUUUAGUACCAUAUAUACUUAAAUAUAAAAAAUAUGAGAAGAUUUAAUCUACUUUACGUUGAGAAUGGUUAUUCAAUUUGUGUGUAACAUAUUUUUGAUUUAUAUAAUGAGGUGAGCAUUGUAAUAUUUUAUUACUUUAUAAAGGGUGACCCGGUAAGAAUGCUGGAUUUGAACACCUUCGUAUCUUUUCUGUUUUUUGUUAGAAAGUUCAAAAUCUCCAGUGAUAUUAUCGGUAAUAGGUCCCAUUUUCAGACAUGAAUUCGCUACAGACACAGAUCAAUGUCAAUAGUUAAAGUUCAUUUUAAAUAAGGAGAAUGUUUUGCUAAAAUAGUGUAAGAUCCACACGCUUCACCAAAUGAGUCAUCUGUUUGAUUAUUGAUUAUGAAAUUUGAAAAAAUUGUGUGGGAUAUAAAAAAAACCAUGCAUACUCAGGAAUGUCAGUCUCUUGAACAUAUUGGAACCGUACGUGGUAGUGUAAAGGACAACUCAAAUACAUCAUUUCGUCUGUGUAGUCAUGAGUUUUGCUUAACUCUGAGCCAUUUGCAAAGUAUUUUGUAAAAAGGUCUUUACGUGUUCCCUUACAAGAUUCAACUCACACAAGAGAUCCUGUUAAAACGGCUUGAUUUUGUAAAUUGGAUACUUAAAAAUCAAGAUGAAAAUUACAUGUUUUUUUUUUUUUUUUCAUUAAUAUUUUUCUUUAGUAAUGAAGCCCAUUUUCACCUCAUUGGUUAAACAAAUAAGCAAAACUGUCAAAUUUGGUGGAGUGAAAAUCCUAGAUUCAUUAAAUAAAACACAUUGUAUCCCUCAGGACAGAUUGGUGUGGGUAUUUGGCUAAUGGAGUCAUUGGCCAAUUAUUUCUUUGAGCACGUAGCCCAAUCCACCCUGACUGUAAUUGGUAAACGUUACCAGCCAAUGAUGAAUUCUUUGGCCCCAGUUCAAGAGGAUGAAUGUGGAAAAAUUGUUUAAGCAGGACGGUGCAACCUGUCAUACUGUCUGAGAUACAAUUGAUUUGCUCCACAAACGGUUCCCAGGAAGUGCAAUUUCAAAAAACUGUGAUCAUACCUAGCCUGCAAUAUCAUGUGAUUUACCACCUUGUAGUUUCUUUUCUCUAGGGUUAUUUGAAGUCGCUGGUACAUGUCAGUAGUCCACAGACUAAUCAAGCCCUCAAGUGUAUCAUGUUGUUAAUGAUAUUCAGAUGCAAGUGUGUGAUGAUGUGACAGAAAACAUUGUCAGAAGAGUUAGAGCUGUCAGCAGGCUGCAGGUCGGCACUUAUCAGAUAUAAUAUUCAAAAAUAAAUGGAAAUAUUGUGCAUUAAGAUCCAUAUUUCGUUUUGUAGAUUUGAAUUAAAAAUAUUAGGCUCGAUUACAUUUGAAAUCCGGCGUUAUUGUUGGGGCACUCUAUAUGUUAUCUAUACAGACAAUUACAGCUUUUAGUCAACCUAUAAGUAUUAAGGCAAAAAAAGUAUUUUUCUGUAUUUAUUUUGUUUCUGACAAAAAUGAAAUUUAGUUCUUUUAGAAGAAACUGCAUUUGUACUUUUCAUAUUUUAAGGGGAAGUAAUUUGGAUACUAACUUAUAUCAAUCCAUUUGUUACGCUUGAUUUUAUAUAUACUUAGUACAAUACAAAGCAUAAAGCAUAUGUUUCCCCAUUUAUUAUCAGAUCUGGGAAAGGCUGGAACUGUUGCAUUACAACAUUAUUUAUUUUAUAUCAGUUAGACUGUUGUAUAUGAGAAAAAUUGGAGUAGAUUUUAUGGAACUAAUUCUCUAAACUGGUUUUGGGGUUUUUUUAAUGAGGAUCAAAUAGUGCCUUUAUCAGUGAAACGAACAUGUUUUAAUUUUAUAAUAAAUCAAAGUAUUCCUACUACUUAAAUAAGUUUUCUCUUAGAAAAUGCUUUAAAGUAGUAUGUUAUGUGUAACUUAUGCUUGAUCUCUUGCAAAGUUGUAGUUUUUCUAUUUUAGUUUUAAGAAUUCAAUGAAGAAGUAAUAUAUAUGUUUUAGUUGUUUAUAUUAUGCUUUAUUUUAAAUUAAGUGUAGUAACUUUCAUAAUUUGUACCACCUCAAUAUUACUAUUUCAUUUUAUUGUGUGAAGUGACUUUAUUAACUAAAUAAUAUUUUGUAUUGAAUUUACACUGUUAAAUCACAUUUCAAAUAUUAUCCACUGAGUUUUUAAGCAACACACUGAUUACAAAGCCAAAAUGUAUACAGUAUUAUUUAAUAGUUGUUAUUUCAAUGCACAGUUAUUAUAUAUUUUAUAUCUAGAAUAAUAUGUUCACUCUUUUCUAAACAAUGUCAGUUUUAUUUUAAAAUGUUGUUGGAAACCUUUAGUUUCUACUAAUGGAAAAUAAGUGCAAUAAUUAUAUUGUGACUAUCAAAAUAAUUUUAAACACAAUGGUUUUUAUUAUAAUGUUCUGCCUAUGUAGAAAAAAGCUUUUAUAGUUGAAUAUAUUGGAUGCCUUUGAUGCUGUUAAAUGUCACUACUGAUAAUUUUGUAAAAUUGAGAAAACCUGUCAUGAAGACUCCGUAAUUAAGAUUUAAGUUGAGACUGAUGUUUUGAUUUACAAGACCAUUGAUGUGAUACCAUAAUGUUCGUUAAUACGAAACUGUGUUCAAACAUGUUAGUGUUUAGUAUUUCUCAUUGCUAAGUAUUUUAUAAAUCACAUUCUUAUGUCUAUUGCUCAGUAUUUUAAAAACAGUAAGGUUCUUUGUAACAGCACAAUAUUUUUAUAAACUGAUUUCAUUCUGUUUUUGAUAGAAAGUGCCUUUUAUAUAUUAGCUGCUUCUUGAUUCUCUUUUUAUCUGAUUGUUUACAUAAUAGUUAUGUUAUAGAAUAGUUAUUCUUUGAAAUAAAUAUAGAUUUUAUAAAUA